CCGGGGGCCCGCCCCGCGCGGCCGUCGCCGCCCGGGCCGACCGCCCAGGCCUCGCCCGGUACGGGACGGCGGGCGCGCCCCCAGCCCUAACGAGGUGGCCCGCCUCACGCUCCUCGCCUUCCCACGGCCCCAAACCCGGCGGCCAGGUCAGGCCCGCGGGGGCCGCGACGCCGGCGUCAACCGCGGCUGCGACGGCCUCUGGGAGCGCGUGAGGCUCCGGGGUCGCUGCGGCGAUUGGCCGGCCGCGGCGCCCGCUCCCAUAAUGCAGCGCAUGGCGCGUCAUUGAAGAGAGACCAUGAUGGCGGCGGCGCUGGGGCCCCCAGAAGUGAUCGCUCAGCUGGAGAACGCGGCCAAAGUUCUGAUGGCGCCACCUUCCAUGGUUAAUAACGAACAACGCCAGCAUGCAGAGCACAUAUUCUUAUCGUUUAGGAAAUCAAAGUCACCAUUUGCAGUUUGCAAGCAUAUUUUGGAAACAAGUAAAGUGGACUAUGUCCUCUUUCAAGCUGCCACAGCCAUAAUGGAAGCAGUUGUCCGAGAGUGGAUUCUCUUGGAAAAAGGUAGCAUCGAGUCACUGCGAACAUUCCUUUUAACGUAUGUCUUACAAAGGCCUAACCUCCAAAAGUAUGUUCGGGAACAGAUUCUGUUAGCAGUAGCAGUAAUUGUAAAACGAGGAUCCUUAGAUAAAUCAAUCGACUGCAAAAGCAUUUUCCAUGAAGUCAGCCAGUUGAUAAGUAGUGGCAAUCCCACUGUGCAAACUUUGGCCUGUUCUAUUCUAACUGCACUAUUGAGCGAAUUCUCAAGUUCAAGUAAAACUAGCAACAUUGGACUCAGUAUGGAAUUCCAUGGCAACUGCAAAAGAGUUUUUCAGGAAGAAGACCUUCGUCAGAUCUUCAUGCUAACAGUUGAAGUUCUUCAGGAAUUCAGCAGGCGGGAAAACCUCAAUGCUCAGAUGUCUUCGGUAUUUCAGCGUUACCUUGCCCUCGCCAAUCAAGUCUUGAGCUGGAACUUUCUUCCUCCAAAUUUGGGCAGACAUUAUAUAGCUAUGUUUGAAUCUUCACAAAAUGUGCUGUUAAAGCCAACAGAGUCCUGGCGGGAGACUCUUCUGGAUAGCAGAGUUAUGGAGCUGUUUUUCACAGUACAUCGAAAAAUCAGAGAAGAUUCAGAUAUGGCACAAGAUUCUCUUCAGUGCCUUGCCCAGUUAGCUUCUCUUCAUGGACCCAUCUUCCCCGAUGAAGGCUCACAAGUUGAUUAUCUAGCACACUUCAUUGAGGGAUUACUGAAUACUAUCAAUGGAAUUGAAAUAGAAGAUUCCGAAGCUGUGGGAAUCUCCAGCAUUAUCAGCAACCUGAUAACUGUGUUCCCUCGAAAUGUUUUAACUGCCAUUCCAAAUGAACUUUUCUCGUCCUUUGUUAACUGUCUCACACACCUCACUUGUUCUUUUGGGCGAAGUGCUGCAUUGGAAGAAGUGCUUGAUAAAGAUGACAUGGUGUACAUGGAAGCCUAUGACAAAUUGCUGGAAUCCUGGCUAACUUUGGUCCAAGACGACAAACAUUUCCACAAAGGCUUUUUUACCCAACAUGCAGUUCAAGUUUUCAAUUCCUAUAUUCAGUGCCACCUCGCUGCUCCAGAUGGCACGAGGAAUUUGACUGCCAAUGGUGUGGCCUCUCGUGAGGAAGAAGAAAUAAGUGAACUUCAAGAGGAUGAUCGAGACCAGUUUUCAGAUCAACUAGCCAGUGUAGGAAUGCUAGGAAGGAUUGCUGCAGAACACUGUAUACCUCUUCUGACAAGCCUAUUAGAAGAAAGAGUAACGAGGCUCCACGGUCAGUUACAGCGGCAUCAGCAGCAGUUACUUGCUUCACCUGGUUCGAGCACUCUAGACAACAAAAUGCUUGAUGAUCUGUAUGAAGAUAUUCACUGGCUUAUUUUAGUUACAGGCUACCUCUUAGCUGAUGAUACUCAGGGAGAGACUCCGCUAAUACCUCCAGAAAUAAUGGAAUAUUCCAUUAAGCAUUCAUCUGAAGUUGACAUUAAUACAACACUUCAAAUUUUGGGAUCUCCAGGAGAAAAGGCUUCUUCCAUCCCAGGGUACAACAGAACAGAUUCUGUGAUUAGGCUAUUAUCUGCUGUUCUCAGAGUUUCAGAGGUUGAAUCUCGAGCAAUAAGAGCAGACCUCACUCACCUCCUAAGCCCUCAAAUGGGCAAAGACAUUGUUUGGUUCCUAAAGCGCUGGGCAAAGACUUACCUCCUGGUGGAUGAGAAACUAUACGAUCAGAUAAGUCUGCCAUUCAGUACAGCAUUUGGAGCAGAUACAGAAGGUUCUCAGUGGAUUAUUGGCUACCUCUUACAAAAAGUCAUCAGUAACCUCUCAGUGUGGAGUAGUGAGCAGGACCUUGCAAAUGACACUGUGCAGCUCCUUGUCACUUUGGUGGAAAGAAGAGAAAGAGCAAACUUAGUGAUUCAGUGUGAAAACUGGUGGAACUUAGCCAAGCAGUUUGCAAGUCGAAGCCCACCUCUGAACUUCCUGUCAAGUCCCGUGCAGAGGACACUGAUGAAGGCUCUUGUCUUGGGUGGUUUUGCACAUAUGGACACAGAAACCAAACAGCAGUAUUGGACAGAGGUCCUUCAGCCACUUCAGCAGCGAUUCUUAAGAGUGAUAAAUCAAGAAAACUUUCAGCAGAUGUGCCAGCAGGAGGAAGUCAAGCAGGAGAUCACGGCCACGCUGGAGGCCCUGUGUGGCAUUGCGGAGGCUACCCAGAUUGACAACGUAGCAAUUCUUUUUAAUUUUUUGAUGGACUUCCUUACCAAUUGCAUUGGAUUGAUGGAAGUUUACAAAAAUACCCCAGAGACCGUCAAUCUCAUAAUAGAAGUUUUUGUGGAAGUUGCACAUAAACAGAUAUGCUAUCUUGGAGAGUCCAAAGCUAUGAACCUGUAUGAAGCCUGCCUUACUUUGCUGCAAGUAUAUUCUAAGAAUAACUUGGGGCGGCAAAGAAUAGAUGUUACAGCAGAGGAAGAACAGUACCAAGACCUGCUUCUCAUCAUGGAACUUCUCACUAACCUUCUGUCAAAAGAAUUCAUAGAUUUUAGCGAUACAGAUGAGGUGUUCAGAGGACAUGAGCCAGGGCAGGCGGCAAACAGGUCUGUGUCCGCGGCUGAUGUUGUUCUGUAUGGAGUGAACCUCAUUCUGCCCCUGAUGUCACAAGAUCUUUUGAAGUUUCCAACCCUUUGUAAUCAGUACUACAAAUUAAUCACAUUUAUCUGUGAGAUUUUUCCUGAAAAAAUACCACAGCUUCCUGAAGAUCUUUUUAAAAGUCUGAUGUACUCUCUAGAACUAGGCAUGACAUCAAUGAGUUCGGAAGUUUGCCAGCUUUGCCUGGAAGCUUUGACGCCAUUAGCUGAGCAGUGUGCAAAAGCACAGGAAACAGAUUCACCACUUUUUCUAGCAACACGGCACUUUCUAAAGCUGGUUUUUGAUAUGCUGGUUUUGCAAAAGCACAACACAGAGAUGACCACUGCAGCCGGUGAAGCUUUCUACACGUUGGUGUGCUUGCAUCAGGCUGAAUAUUCCGAGUUGGUUGAAACAUUACUGUCAAGUCAGCAAGACCCGGUUAUUUACCAGAGAUUAGCAGAUGCCUUCAACAAGCUCACCGCAAGCAGCACUCCUCCGACGCUGGACCGGAAGCAGAAGAUGGCCUUCCUAAAGAGUUUAGAAGAGUUUAUGGCAAAUGUUGGUGGCCUCCUUUGUGUAAAAUAAACAACAAAACUUUAUGCUUAAUUUAGAUCCUUUCUGCAAAGUGCACUGAAUUGCUAAAAGCUGACUUGAGUCUUGUCCUGUUCUUCAGUUCUUUGGCCGUUUUGGAUCUUGGAGAGCCUGAAAGUUUGAUAUGUAAUGCAGUGAAACAGGAGAGGUCACCUUUGAAUCAGCUUCCGCUGUUGGGUGUUAGCCACAGUCUGUCAUAUGUGUCUUGUAGAUUUUGAAUGGUGAUCUAAGAUUUUCAAUUCCAUAUGUGUGCAAACAGAUAUGGGCACCAUGAAAUGCACAUUCAGUGCCUUUCCCCCUUAUCAAAACGUUAGGUGGCUAGCCAAAGUGUAGACUUUCUGUUAAAUUAAAUAUAUUAGAUGGACAUGUGCUCGGCAUUGUUUCUCAAAAUGUUGUCCAUAGACCACCUGCAUCAUUGGAGGAGCUGGUUGAAAAGGUAGAUUCUUGGGCCCAACUGCAGACCCUCAGAGUCAGAAUUUCUGUUUGUUGGGCCUUGGACUCUUCAUUUUAACACACUCCUCCCCUCUGCCACCCCACAAGUUUUGAAUCAAUGCAAAAGACAGUGGAAUCUCUUCCGAGGUUUUGUGCUUUCAAACUUUUCCUCCCUUUGAUGAUUCGGUUUGUAAUUCAGCGGGAAGAAGAAACAUCAGGUGUUUGCUGGCUUCUUGUGUCACACACUCUGGCUCUCUGUUGUUUGUAACAUCAGCCUGGUGUUGCAGGCUUUGUGUGAUACAGGCCUCCAGUCACACUCUGAUGCCUGAACUUGAGGGGGAAAAUGGGUGUAUAUUUUUGUUCCAUAAAAAGAACUUUAGGAACUGUAGCCAUUUCAUUGCCUUAAUUUUAAGAAGAAAAUACAAAAAAGAGCAGAUUUGUUUUAGUAAGAAAUCAAGUCUUGAUGCUUCAGAGUUGGUUUAGGGUGUUAGCUGCUAUGAAUCUGGUGCCCUUUUGAUCGUGUAUUUAUGUUGGGUUUAUGAGUGAAAUGAAAGUCUCAUUCGUAUGUAGUCUAACUUUUUGGGUAUGUUUCUCUUCAGCCACGUAGCCCAUGGCUAAUAAUCUAUUUCUGAAUGGCUUGCUUAAGCAAUAACUAUUUUAAAGGAUGUGAAUUACUGAUUCAUACAGACUAUUCUACGUUGGGGCAUUAGGGGCAAUAAUUACGCUAGAGUGGACAUUCUCCUCAUUUCACAGGAGCCAUGUACAUUUAAUUUAAGAGAUUAAAAACUUCCUGUUUAGAUCCUCUAGUUUGAUUUUUCUAAUCAGGACUUUUGUACUGCUGCCAUGCUCCCCUUAGUUCUGUGUGCCAGCUUAAAUUAUGGAAAUGAAAGCUAAUUUAUAAACUGCCGGCGUAUGAAGCUCUGCCCACUGCAAUGUCAAAAUCCCACAGCACAGUGACGGGAAUCGGGCACAGUCUCGCUCUGAAACUGCUUCCAGGGGGUGGGCUUUCUCCUGCUGUGUCCUUGACACCUACAGGCUCAACUGUCCUUCGGACGUAGUCUUCAUAUCUGAAUUGCAUAUAGUAUAUGCAUCUUCACACGUGAUGCUGUGCAGAACUUUGUAUAACUCCGUGCUACUCACAGUUAACAAAACUGGAGCAUCUAAAUUACAUCCAACCUGUGCAUGUGAUGUUAGACACGAGUGAAUGCAAAGCCUAAGGCCGUAACUUUUUGAGGAACGUCACUCUUAAUUCGAUUAUUGUUGACUAAUAACUGAGGUGGAGCAAAAACAUCUUAAAAGACAGCUAGGAAAAAACUAAGAUCGCUCUUCAUGAAAUACACGUAUUUUUAAGAACACUUUGAACAAGUGCAUUUAUUUUUAGGUUUCUUCUUUUUUUCCCUUAACUUGUGGCAAUAUUCUUUCUUGGUGUUUUACGUUUCCCAGCUCCCUCAUGCUUUCUUAAGAGUUGUGAGCAGUGUGUAUCUGUGUGUUCGAUAAGAAUAGUCCCUUUGCCAAAGGACACUGAAAUACACAACUGACUGGGUAGGUCUGCCAUGACAAAACUCUGAUCAAAUUAUUAUUAUAAAUAAAGAUGAGUAGGAAAGAAAUACCUUGGUAAAUAAAAAGGUGUCCGUAUUUAAUAACUUCUUCCUAGACAGAAAUGUAUUUGCUAAAUUUGCCCAGAUUUUAUUAUAGUCCUGCAAUUUCAUUAGAUCAGUUUCAGUUAAAGUGAGAUUUACUUCAGAUUGGACCAAAUAAUGUUUCCAGUGUCCCCUGAACGUUGAGUAGUGGCAAACUGGAGGAAAAAGCAACCACCAUUUUCUAGGUAACGGGGAUGCCACUUUAAUUGCAAUGGCUAAGACUUCUUUUCAGGGUGUUUGUGUUAACGUUUGCCUUACUGAAUAUUUGUUUAGUGUUUGGGUCUUUUGUUUUACUCUGUCCAGUUUCAUCUUUGGCUAUGUUUAUUGACGCUAGUUUUUGGGGGUUUUGUUUUAAUGUUCUUGGCCCAGUGGAUGUAAAGAGCACUGGCUUAAUUCUAGUAAAUUGACUUCUACUAUUAAAACUAAGUUGUUAAAAAGAGUUCUAAAAACAAAAACAUUAUUUGUGCCCCCCUUUUUAUAUGUUAAAGGGACACUGUCAAGGAUAUGAUUUUUAGAAUUUUGUGUUUUAUAAAGUUUCUUUUGUUCAUGUAUAGCAUCCUUUAACUUCUCGUUUCAAUUCAUUCUUUAUUUGACUUAUUUCUUUUAUUUUCCUUGCCCAUUUGUUUUCCCAAAGGCACAAUCUCUACAGAAUCCCAGGGCACAAUCACUAAGGACUUGGUCCAUACACAAUUUCUAUCCAUAUAACAGCACCUGUAACUGUCUUCUUGUAGCUCUGUUAAAAGCAUUGGUUUGCUUUUACAGUUCAUCUGGACGGGUGACUGCCUGGGUCAAACUGCUUGGCAGUGUUUGACUGCGUCCUUCUCAACACAGUUAUCUGGGUCUUUUCUGCCUUGUUGCCUCUUAAUCUGUUCGAAGACAGGGGGGCAUGUUAAUAUCACUGCAUUGAGUUUUUUGUCGGGUUUAAAGUGUGACAGCUUACGUUAAAAAAAAAAACAGAACACUUUGCAAUAUUUUUCAAAGAAUUUAGCCUUCAUUGUAAGCCAUGUUUCUAAUUACAUUACUCUGUUCAGAUAUGAUGGUUACUACCUUUUUCAGUUUUCACUUCAAAACCAAGCAUCUCUAUAAUUUGCCCCCAGUCGGCAAUAUUUAACACUCCCCUUGCUGUCUUUGAUUGAACUUUCUCUUUUCCCAAGAUGUCAAGUCUUUGUCUCUCUAAUAGCACCAUGUAUCCCAUUUCUGUUUAUAUUGGUAUGAAUCUCUCAAGUAUUGAAGGUAACUAGCUUUCAGUUUCAAGGAUUUCAAGUUCGAGUGUCCUACUAUUCAGUGUCAGUUGAACCCCUAAAAGACUCUUGUCUGUUACAGUUCCACUUGUUUCUGUUUGCCACGUACCGUUAGAAGCGGUUGUCAUUAAACCUUACCAAGUUAGCUAUGUCUGACGGAUAAUUAUCAUAUUGGUUCCUGAAUAAAAUAUUAGCUGUUAGGCAGAAGCAACCUCAGUACUUCUUAGAGUUUUUGCUUUUGUUUUUAACCAGAGAAUAAGGAACUGAUUGGAUGUAAGUUUUUAACCUAAUUUUCUAUAAAUUCUUCUACAAAACAGCAUAGCUGAUUUGAGGAUAUAAUAAUGUUUUAAAUUGUUUUAAAAUGUAAAUGGAUAUUCUCUGAUUUGGUAAAAUGCUACAUUUAAGGAUUCGUUAAAAAUUGGUUCUCUAAAAUUAACAAAUGUCCACGUUUGGUGUAUUGCUGAGCUCAAAUUGAUUUGAAGUGCCCUGGUUCAGGCUGAACUUGAAAUAUUUAGGUUUAGAUGUGAGAAGUGUGAGCUAUUCCUGACUGGUUCUAAUGGGAACGCGUGACGAACUUCACCAGAGGAUCUGUUUGGUCCACGUGAAGCUACAGACUUCAUAAUGGCCGUCCGUUCUGUGUUAAGGAGGGUGGAUGAAGGGAUCUGUUUCUGGCCGGCAGCGCGCUCUACUUUGGAAAGACAAACUCUGUAAGACGGCUUUGGUGGUGACUGGGAGGUGCAGUUUACGCCCGAGACUCCUGAGCUGCACCCGAAACCAUCUUCCUCCACCCAUCCACUGGGGUUUUACUCCUCCCUUAUUCCCAGCCCUUCUCACCGGGGGAGAGAUUUAGUUUUCUCCUUUUCAGUCUUAGCUACUAGGAGUUGUCAGGUAUGUACUGAUAGCUCAUUUUCCUGGCCUGAAAUGAAAAAUACUGUGUCCGCACUAUGGACCUGAUGGGGAUCUGACCUCAAGUGUGUUCUGAGCCCAGGCUUCCUGGAGUGGUGUCUUAUACCACAUAAAAUUAUGACACGUUGCAAGUACUGGGAUUGUGAUUUGGUUCUCUGUACAAAGAAAGAAGCUCCAUGCAGUGAGUUUGUGGUUUAAUGGUCACAAAAUGUUAGCACUGCUACCAUUCAGCACAUGUACAAUUUUUUAAAUUUAUAAAUAUUAAAAUUUUAAACUUACA